AUGCAUCGAUUUUCAAUUAGCGAAUUAUGUCCGGAGUUAUGUCAAGAAUCUACAAGCGAAGGAUCGAUGCCAAGUACACCAGAAUAUUCAAGCGGCGAUGAGAACACACCAAAACGACCGAAUAUCUCAUACAGUGCGAUGAUUAUGAUGGCAAUUCGAAAACAUCCGGAGAAACGACUUACGAUAACUGAGAUUUAUGAUUAUAUAACAGAUACAUAUCCAUAUUAUGCAAUUAGUAAUAAUCGAUGGCGCAAUUCUGUCAGACAUACUUUAUCAGCGAGAAAUUGUUUUGUGAGAUGUCAGAAGGAUUAUGCAAGUGGGACUAAAGGUGAAUUUUCGGUUUUGAGGAUCAGAAAAAUUUCUCUGUGUCGAUGUGACUCCCUGAAAAAUUUCGGUUGUAUGUAUGUUCAAAUAGUGUCUUAUGGGGAGUUAUGAAAAAUCCAAAGGGGAUUUUGUAAGUAAAAAUGUCUUUCAUGAGAAUCAGGAGGUCGAAAUUCUGAAUAAUUUCCAAAUAGACAAAAAAACCUUUUUGAAAAUUCGUAACUCAGCUCAAACUCAACGAAAAAACUCGAUCAAAACCGCAUUAUCAAGCUUGAAUUGCUCUCUUUUCAGUUAUUUUGGAGAACAGUCUCAAUUUGAUAUAUGAAAAAAUAAGAUAAACAUUAAAAUCAUUUUUUUUUAACGAAAAAUGGCGCCGGCAUGAUUCUAGACUAAUUUUUUUGAAUUCCUCAUCCACUUUUACGUAUGUGCACCAAUUAAAAAAAUUUCACUGUGGAUUUUUCAAAAAAAUCAAUUUAAAAAUGUUUCUUUUUUUCAUGUAUCAAAUUCAAAGUUUGAUAAAUGUACUCCAAAACAACCGAAAAGAACGCAAUUCAAGCUUCAAAAUGCGGUUUUGAUCGAGUUUUUUCGUUGAGUUUGAGCUGAGUUAGAAAUUUUCAAAAAGGUUUUUUUGUCUAUUUGGAAAUUAUUCAGAAUUUCGACCUCCUGAUUCUCAUGAAAGACAUUUUUACUUACAAAAUCCUAUUGGGUUUUUCAUAACUAUCAGAAUAUCUGAUUUGAACUAGAAAAAUAUGCAAAUGAGAAUUCAUAAACUCCCGGGCAAAAGAUUUCUUACCCAUUUCAAAAUUCCAAAUAUGAGCAAUGUUUUUUGUCUAUUCUAGGUUGUCAUUGGACAAUAAAAGCUGAUGAAACUGCAAAUGUUUGUAAUGGUAAACUUGUCACUAAACGAGCGAAUAGAAAUCAGGAAAAAUGGCUGAAAUCGCUACCUAAUCCAUAUUUCAACAAAAUUUCAUUAUAA